AUGGUCGAGGAGAUACACCAAAAAUGUAGUUCAAUGGAUGUGGAGAACUUUUGGGCCAAUUUCUUCCCGGAAGUCCCCCAGGCAUUCCUGACGAUAAUGUUGCUGCCUUCCAGAAGAUUUGCGAAGAAGACAGCCGAAACAGCAAUGUACGAUCCAUUGAUCGAUGCUCUCGCACCAUUUUCAAUGAAUAUGCAACUUGUCGAUACCCAUGCCACUCCCGAUCCCAGUGUUUUCAAUCCUGGUUUGCUGAAGCCCGAAAUCUCGGUUUACAAGGCGAAAGAUAUAAUAGAUCCUAUCACACAGUUCUCUCGCAUGGAAACCCAUGUCGAACUCAAGCUCGCCGCCAUGAAUGACGCGUUCAGUGAUGAAGGAGCGCUUGAGUCUAGCUCAGAGCUGGGCCACGAUAUCCAAGGCCAGCUCGUGUCUUAUAUUAACGCGCAACUGGGUUCCCAACAUCAUACCCACCCGUUCACCGUCUUUAUCUGUGCAAGCAAGGCGAGGUUGCUACGCUGGGAUCGUACAGGCGUGAUUGUUACGCGUGCGUUCCCGUACGAUUCGGGUGAAUCGACUUAUCUGCAGGAAUUCUUCUGGCGCUUCAGUCAUGCUGGUAACGUGACUCGUGGGUGGGAUACCACUGUUACAGUGCCCACACCAGACGAAACGGCACAAGCACAGCAUAGCCUAGACACAGAUGAAUCAGAGACGCUAUACACAUUCGCCGUGUACGAUGACAUCAAUCUCGACCCCGAACACGCAUACUUCAUUGCGGGCAAACCAUUUGAAGGUCAUACUUAUCCUACAGGCCGCGCAACCCGCUGCUUCAUCGUUUACCAUUCAGCUGAAAACGAAAUGUCUUCAUGA